AUAAGCAUGCCGCAGUGGUGACUACAAAUACUUGUAAGCAUACACAGGUUGCGCGCACGCACAAUCCGUUUUGUCCAGAACCCCAGUAAGCAUCAUACAGAUCCCGUGAGACAUUUCACAGCGUUGCUUUAACGUUACCAAAUCGCGAAAUCGCAGCGGCUUGCAAGGGGCAGAAGCUCCGGGCGCGAACACAUGGCGCAGCGCGAGGCCCCAAUGGGCGCGGCACCGGCAGCGCGUCGCCUGCGAGUUCUGUGCCUCCACUCGUUCCGCACUAGCGGCAAGAUAUUUGAGGAGCAGCUGCAAAGGGCGCAGCUGACGGAGGCGUUGGGAGACCUGGUUGAAUUGACGUUCGUGGACGCGCCGCACGGAGCUAGCGGCGCCAUCCCGCGCGACGUCAAGCCCUAUUUUGAAGGGCCCUACUUUGAAUGGUUCACAGCAGAGGCGGUGGGUGACCGAGUGGAGUUUGAUGAGCAGAAACUGGAGGCCUCAGAGCUGUUCCUGACGCAGCUGUUGGAGCGGCAGGGGCCCUUCGACGGCCUUAUGGGCUUCUCACAGGGUGCGGUCAUGUCGUCGGCGCUAGUGGCGUUGCAGCGCUCGGGGCUGCGGCCGCGGCUGUCAGCACUGCCGCCGUUGCGCUUCUGUGUGCUGUUCGCGGGAAUGAAGAGCCGGCACCCACAGCACGCCGCGGCGUUUGCGGCUCUGGGCGGCAAGGUGCCGUGCCCCUCGCUCCACGUGUACGGGGACCGGGACGCGCUGAAGAACCCGCACUGUGUGGAGCUCGCGGACUCAUUCCGCAACUCGACUGUGCUGCUGCACCAGCGAGGCCACUCCAUCCCGGCACUCAAAGGGCCGCAGCUGGCGGUGCUUCGCUCCUUCCUGGUGGCGGCAGCAGGGGACGCCGAAGAGCUGAGGGUGGAUGCGGCGGCGGCGCGGGCGGCGGCGGCCGCCGCGGCGGAGGCGGGCGGCAUUGUCGCGCGCACGACACCGGCGCAGCCCGGUGGUGUUCAGGCGCAGGCGGGCGUGCCGGCGAUACGGCAGGAGGAGAGAGACAUGGGGCCGGCGGAGGGAGGCGAGGAGGAUGACGACGGGGGCCAGGGCGGCGGCAAGGCGCCGAUUCGGAGGGAGGGCCGGCUGGAGGGGGAGGAGGCGCGGCAGCGGCAGCAAGAGCAGGGGCGAGGGCAGGAGCGGCAGGCGGGCGCGGGCGUAGAGAGUGUGGGUCGCGGCAAGAUGGUGGAGCCGCGCAGUCGGUUAUAGCAGGCAAGGACGUGCUUAGCCGUCAACGUGUGGCCGUGAUCGUGCUUGUAUGUCCUUACGACACCUGAAAGACGUGCAAUGUGAGGGGGGGCCGGGACGGUGAUUGGUGAAAGGAACACGGACAGGGAAGGCAGUCAGUUGCUGUGCAAGCGCGCAAGGGGCCACUCGAUCGGGAGUCAGUGAUUAUGUGCCCAGCCGGUUAUACACGCGCGCUGUGGCACAGUUCUCAUGAACACGCGAGCCUUGUCUGGCGGCCAGGCAGUGGACAGGACUUCAGUCCGUACAUAUGGCGCGUUCACGCUCACGCUUUGGGUUUCAGGGAUUGUAUGGUGCAAGUGAUUUAGGAUCCAAGCUGCAGAAUCCAAGUUUUUGGGCUUGCCAUGCUUUGCGCAUAAGUGACUGACCCGAAGUUUUGGAUCCCUAUCAUUUACACCCUUAUGGCGUUCUUACACACGGACGCGGCAGUGCCCAGGGGAGGCAGUGCCCCUCCCCUGGCAGUGCCUGCCAUCAUAGCACGUGGCCGUACCAGCGUGUAACCCACGGUGUAACCUGUGGCGCUCAUAAGCUAACUCAUGGUAAUGACAAUUAGAAAUAAUUAUGCGACCGGCAUUUAGAUAGAAAGCAACACUUUCGUGGAUCCGGAUUGCAGUGCCUGUGUGUUUCGCGCCGUUGGCACGCCAGCACCGGCCCUUCGGCCAACGUGCCGGGUGGGUGCCACGAGAAUAACGGGUCUGGUU